AUGGAUGAAAAAACAUUAUCAGAAUUUUUAAAAUUAGAUGGUCUACAAAUUGAAGAGAUUGGAUUAUGGAAUAAUAUUUUAAAAUGGGGUUUGGCACAGAAUCCAUAUUUUGAUUUGUUAGCCAACACUUUGAAAAAUUUAAUACCUCUCAUCACCAUUUCUCAAAUCUCUUCAACCGACUUUCAUAAUAAGAUAUGGCCAUUUAGAUAUAUAUUACCUGAUAAGAUGCUUGAAGAAAUAAUGACUUACCACUUGGAUCCAACGUCUCCACCACUACCGGUUCCAAAAAACCUAGCCAUGGUUUUAAUAUACGAUUUACUGUUUAGUCGAAAUGGAUUGAAAUUAUUAUCAGAUGGAUAUUAUAAACAAGCGAUUUUAAGAAAUGAGAUUAGAUUGAGAGGUGAACUUAAAAAUUUUACAAAUGUGCCACCAACUACCAAAACAUUAGCAUCUAUUUUAGUCAUAGUUUCAAUUUUUGGAGCAAUAAGCACAUUUAAAUGGCCAACCGGAGACAACAUAUUAUCGAAUCUUGUAGUAGUUCCAGGAGUAGCAAUAUCAAAAUUUUGGACAUUUCUAACAGCUGGAUUCCUAGAAACUCACCUUAUCACAUUGGCACUUAAGGCUUUAGAUAAAAGAUUAAAUUCCUCAAAUAAAAAUAUUUAUUAUCCAGUUUCUCCACCUCCACAAAAAUUGUCAUUUCACCAUCAUCACCAAUCCUCUUCACAAAAUGCAUCACAAGAAUCAUCAUCUCUUAAUACUAAUGCUGAUACUAUUAAUAAUAAUACAAUUUCUAAUUCAUCAUUAACUGACAAUGAUAUAACAAAUUCAACAACAACAACAACAUCAUCAUCAUCAUCAAUAUUAUUUGAUUCAAAAGAUUAUUCAAGUGACUUAUAA